AUGGCUUCCGCCUCUGGUGUAGGGUCGUAUUCGAACCCUUUGAAGAAGUUCAAAUUGGUAUUCCUAGGCGAACAAAGCGUCGGAAAAACCUCGUUGAUCACCCGCUUUAUGUACGACUCGUUCGAUAACACAUAUCAAGCCACAAUUGGUAUCGACUUUCUGUCCAAGACAAUGUACCUGGAGGAUCGAACGGUCCGUCUCCAGCUCUGGGAUACCGCUGGUCAAGAACGAUUCCGCUCCUUGAUCCCCUCCUACAUUCGUGACUCCAGCGUGGCGGUCGUCGUCUACGAUAUUUCGAAUGCGAAAUCGUUCCAAAACACUCGGAAAUGGAUCGAUGAUGUGCGCGGGGAGCGUGGAAACGAUGUGAUCAUUGUCUUGGUGGGCAACAAGACCGAUUUGAACGAUAAGCGGGAAGUCACCACCGCUCAAGGCGAAGAGGAGGCCAAGAAGAACGGCCUGAUGUUUAUUGAGACCAGUGCCAAGGUCGGCCACAAUGUGAAGCAACUGUUCCGGAGAAUCGCCCAAGCCCUACCAGGAAUGGACGGUGAGGCCAAGCAGGGAGAAAGUACAAUGAUCGAUGUGAACAUCCAUCCCAAGGAGACCACUAACAAUGAUGGCUGCGCCUGCUAA